GGUCGGUUGGAUUCUAUCACCGGGACAGCACUGGUCCUGGAGCCACGGGGUCCGUGGAGACGCUCCACGACGCGGCUACGUGGAGCAGACUCGUACAGUAGCUACGGCCAAGCAGACAGCGUGUGUUUUAGGCUGUUCCAGUCAACCAAUUGAGGUCAGUCGCUCAAUAAUUAAAGCGUGUCACUGGUUAGUGCACGAGCUGGGUCGCCCAAUGGGAGAGACGGAUGUCAGAUCAGAGUGAAAGAGAGUCGGAGUGACGGAUAAAAGAAAGCUAGAAUACGAGGAUAAGCGGCAGCACAGCCUGGGACAGAGAUGUCUGAGGGUUGAGCAGGCCGUACAGCCGGUACCUGAGUAGAAGAACAUCAGUGUCGUCGGCCACGCAGUGAACCCAGUGCAGAAGUGAGGCAGCAGUGCAGUGUGUGCGCUUCCACGUUUGUGCCCUGAGUAGACGGACAUGGAGCAGCCUGAAGUCCAGUCCGAUCGCUGGUGAUCCUCAGCCGCGCGGGUGAGGUUGUCUGGAGUCCACCUGCUCAUGGACGGACCUUCAUCAGCCUGAGAGUGAAGUUGGCUGGAGACCACAGGUCCUCCCUCCACACACUUUUACCCUCCACAACUGGUAGAACUCCAGAGAAUCCAUUCACCAGUUUGAAACUGGCAGCUGAUUGUGAAUGAACUUAUCGAAGGGGCCAUUGGUGAACAGCAGCAGUGACGAGAACUCCAAGUCCACGUAUGGUAAAUGCGGUGCCGGUGCCUGGAGGAUGCACCAGAACUACGAUCCACUGGAGGUCAACCACAUGAGAGACGCCCAUGCCCUCUACAACCCCAGGCUUCUCUGCAGAAUGUCCAGUAAGGAGCGCCACCUUGAAUCCAACUGUCCGUCCUCCUACAUAAAGACUGAGCCGUCUAGUCCUGCCUCUCUGACUGACAGUCUAAACCAUCAUUCCCCCGGUGGCUCCAGUGAUGCCUCAGGCUCGUAUUCGUCCACGAUGAACGGUCAUCCCAACGGCUUGGACUCCCCGAGCCUUUACGGCUCCAACGCGGGCCCCCUGGGUCCCACCGGUGGCCCCGGUUCGAAGCGUUACGAGGACUGUUCGUCAACUAUCGGUGAAGACUCGCAGAUCAAGUGCGAGUACAUGUUGAAUUCGAUGCCCAAGAGGCUGUGUCUGGUGUGCGGGGACAUUGCGUCGGGGUAUCACUACGGAGUGGCGUCCUGCGAAGCCUGCAAGGCCUUCUUCAAACGCACCAUCCAAGGCAACAUCGAGUACAGCUGUCCAGCCACCAACGAGUGCGAGAUCACCAAGAGGAGACGCAAGUCGUGCCAGGCCUGCCGCUUCAUGAAGUGUCUGACUGUGGGCAUGCUGAGGGAGGGUAAGGGAAAAGGUGUUCGUCUGGACAGGGUCCGUGGUGGGAGACAGAAGUAUAAACGCCGGAUAGAUGCAGACAACAGCCCAUACCUGAACCCACAGCUGGCCCUGCCCCCCAAGAAGCCAUUUGCCUUUGGCUGCCUUGCAGAUAACAAAAUCGUCUCUCACCUGCUGGUGGCCGAGCCAGAGAAGAUUUACGCCAUGCCCGACCCAACGGUACCAGACAGCGACAUCAAGGCCCUGACCACGCUUUGUGACCUGGCGGACAGAGAGCUGGUGGUCAACAUCGGCUGGGCCAAGCAUAUCCCAGGUUUCUCCACGCUGUCGUUGGCAGACCAGAUGAGUCUACUGCAGAGCGCGUGGAUGGAGAUCCUGAUCCUGCGCGUCGUCUACCGCUCGCUGUCCUUCGAGGACAAGCUGGUCUACGCAGAGGACUACAUAAUGGACGAGGACCAGUCGAAGCUGGCCGGGCUCCUGGACCUGAACAACGCCAUCCUGCAGCUGGUCAAGAAAUAUAAGUCCAUGAAGCUGGAGAAGGAGGAGUUCGUCACUCUGAAGGCCAUCGCUUUGGCUAACUCAGACUCCAUGCACAUCGAGGACGUGGAUGCAGUGCAGAAGCUCCAGGAUGUGCUCCACGAGGCCCUGCAGGACUACGAGGCGUCCCAGCACCAGGAGGACCCCCGCCGGGCGGGCAAGCUGCUCAUGACCCUCCCCCUGCUUCGCCAGACCUCCACCAAGGCCGUGCAGCACUUCUACAGCAUCAAGCAGGACGGCAAAGUCCCAAUGCACAAACUCUUCCUGGAGCUGCUGGAAGCCAAGGUGUGAGGACGCAAACGCUGGGGGGGCGGCCCCUCACCCGCCCGAACCUCCUGAGCUUCGGUUCAAACUCUAAGCAACAACUUUGAAUGACCUCUCGCUCUUUUACUCGCACACACUUACUGUACACACAUGCGCUCACAGAAACACGCCCCGAGAUGAAACACACAACUCCAACCUCCUACCUGAACCCUGAACCUCCAUCGUCUGUAAUGAAAAGGGCGCUGAAAGACUGGCGUGAGACCUGUAUGAUGACGGAAGGGUCGCUUCUUUAAAGGUGUUAAUAGUCAUGACAUUUACCACAGUGACUGUGGACACUGACGAUGGCAACACAGUCACUUAUGCAUUUGAAGACACUAAAGAGGACGAAAACUCUUAAAUGAGGACAAAGUGAAAAGGCUGACUUUAAUUCUGAGACUCUCAAACUGCACUCGUUUCUCCGUUUUCUCUCCCUGUUUCCCCCCAACAGAGUUUUUUAAGUGUUUAAAAAUGAAGAAAACAAGCGGGAAGAGAAAGAACGCUGAAGAAGUAACAAUGACAAAUGACAUGUACAAAUGUGGAUGAUGGACAGAAAGAGAAGAAGAGGAAAUUCGCCCUGCCAAAGAAUGGAGCUCCUCCAUUCAGAGCAUGCCAGCAGACCUUACUGUCAUGACCGGCCUUCGGUCCUGGGCCUCAGGGAGUGCUGCUGAUUUUAAGAUUGUUGUGGUUCUAGUAAAAGUCAGCAGAGCUCCGCGUGUCAAGGCCCAGGAUCGUAAACCACAGCUGUAACCACAUUCUGGUUCUCCCUAAAUUCAGUUCCUGGCCUCCCGUUCUUCAACCGCUGUUGGGUCCAGUAGCUCCGGCCUCACACACCUACAGUAUCAUUGUUUAAACGCUGGCGUGGCUGGAAACUGUUUCAAAUGUUGGAACCGCACGGGGGAUUCGUUGACAGACCACCAAACAGGGCGUUACUCCCCCGAUGGCUCGCUGCUACGUGUGAGCUCUGGGUUCAGAGCCUCCGUGGGUAGAUGUUCUGUCAAACGCUCCUCUCGUGUUUAGACAUCUGUUUGAAACACUUUCGGCUGCUCAGUGGCUCCACACACCAGUCAGUAGAGAUUUCAGUCUGUCAAUGUGCCAUUUAAAACACAGUUCGCUCAUUACCCAAACUCCAAAAACUUCAAAGUGUCACUUCAGUGCUUCCUCUCCCUGCUCCGCUGCGUUCAGCGACGUCCAGCUCAUCUCUUGCGUCAGUGCAGAGAUGCUUUUGUGAUUCAUUCAGGGAGUGACGAUGGAAAGGUGUGCUGACAACAAACUGACUGAAGAACAACUAUUCUUGCUUUGUUUCCUUUAUUUAUAUCUUGAAUUAAGAAUAAUCUUAGCGAUGAUACCAAUAUUAGGGUUGUAAAUAACUGUCAUCCUGUAUAUGACCUAUACCACAGCUUUGUUUUUGUUAAUAAUAUUGUCUUUCUUUAAUCUGAAUCAAUCAAUGUUUUUCCUUUUUUCUAUUGGCUUGACCACUUUCAGCAGUUAUCAUACAUAUAUAAAUAUAACGAGUAAUAAUGUAUUAACGGAUCAGCGUUUAUCUUAGGGAACUCUGAUCAAUAGUGUUUUAAAGGUGGGUUUGUGUGUUCACUACGGGCUAAGUCUGCAAUAUAUUAACAUUACGGCCAGUCUGGGGAUUAGAGAGAGAGAGAGGACGAGCAAGAGGGUUUGUGGCGCCUCUUUCUCUCUGUGUAACUUGCCAUAAGCUAUUAGAUAACGGUCGGUUUCCUUUCGUUAGUGACAGUCGGGCAGGAGCUAAUACGCAGCGGGAACGUUAACCGAGCUACAAUAUCCAACAUCAAGUUUGCAGUGAAUAAAUGUUUCUAAUAUUAGCACCUUUUUGCCAAUGAAAACGUCUGCUUGCAUUUGCUGUAACGUGUGGGAACCAUUGGAAUAAUGAUUGGUACUAAGGGAAAUGGUGCUAUAUCUAAAACAAAGCAUUAGAGUUUAGCAGCAGGAACACGCACGAUUUACUGAUCACAGCUUUAAGGUGGUGACAGCUGAAGGUUUUGUGAUAGAAUUCAACUUCUAAAGCCAAAAUGUGUAUCUACUGUAGAUGAGGUAAUCUAAUAUCAAAUGGCGACUAGUUACAGCUGAGGGUGCUGCAGUUUAAGUGUAGUUGAUCUAACAUCACAUGCUCAGUAUUGAACAUCAGUAUUAAGUAAGGGGUAUUUUCUCAGCCUUCUACAUUGUAUAUUGUAAAUUAUACAGAUUAUAAUUCUAACAUAAGACAUUUUAUUGGAAACAAAAUCCAAAAAAAAAAGAAAAAAAAGUAGUUCAACCUUGAUGUGUGUUUCACGUUUGCUGUUUUUUCUAUCCAGAAAAAAUCCCAUUUCCUUGAAUUGUUUUCGUCCUGUUUCGGUUUGAUCUUCUCCUCCUCGGUUGAGUCCUCUGAGGCGUUUUGCUGUGUACCUUUUCUUGUGGUGAUUCCCGUUCUUGUGCCGUGUGCUUCUUCUUUAGACAACACAGAUUAGAGUAGAGGCCAUGUCGUCUGUCUGUGGGAUCUGUCCAGCAGAUUCCCUCACAACCAACCCGACCCGAUUCAAGGCUCUUUUCUAGGCACCAGGAUCAAAUGACAGUAUUCAUCUUUACCAAACUAUACAUAAUUAAAUAUUUAGUAUCUAAAUGAAGAAACACCUAACAAGUAUUUAAAAGGGAUCAUUUGUGUAACUUUCCUGUAGAAUAACAAUAUACUGUAUAUCUUUAGGUUUAAAUGAAGAUGUGAGAGGGACAUUGGACUAUUUCAGAACUGUAGGUGACUCUUUUUUUGAUAAAGCCGCUGUACAUACCCGCCUCCAUGCAGCUCAGUCAUCACCAAGCAAACAGAGAAAAAAAACAAGAAUCUUUGAUUUUUUUAAUUUCCAUUGUUUCCUGUUUUUCAGCUUUAAAUCAAAAAGUGAAACGUGUGGGCUGCGAGGAAGAGUCAAAGAACAGACGUGUUUCUCUUCACAUUGUGGGGAUGCGUCUCUGCUUUUUAACUGAAUAAACAAUUUCCCGUUUUCAACUCAAAAAUUUCAACGAACUUUGUUGGUAUUAAACUCAUUGUUCUUCUUGAUACCAAUGUAUAGAGUCAUGGUGCACAAAUGCAUGUUCUGCACACCUCCAAACGUGUCUAGGGUUCAAAACGAAUCCUGAACAUGAACACAUCAUGUUUUUAGAGAGAAAAUAUGCAGAAAAUAUAUUUCAUGUGUGCAUUUAAAUAUUUGUAGACUUAAGACAAAAUCUGAUGACGAGGCUGACUUUCCUGUUUUGAUUGUAUCACUGUCUCAUUGUCAGAAAACUGGUAUCGAUGAGAGAAGGUGCUCUUUUCCUGCCGUUGUCUCUACUGUUGAUUUGUCAGUUGUCAAACCAGUCCUGUGCACUAAAGAACGGUUCAGUGUGAUGAAGGGUCUCACACAUCUCCCUGAGGUUUCAAAGAAUAAUGUGCAAGCUACAUUUCAGAUAUUAUAAAAUACUGAUGGAGGUAUUUUAAAUGACUUUGGUCCUACACAAACAUGUAAAAAAGGAGAAACUCUACAAACCGACAUCUGGAGGGGGAUGUGUUUUAGACAUAUAUGACUUGCUGCUCAUCGCCAAUAUAUUAUUUAAUGUACAGGAUCAGUGUUUUGUUGGUUUUUCUUUAAAAGCAAUAUUUUGAAAACUGUACAAAGACGAGGCGAGACUUGCACUCGUUUGUGUCGGGUUCCAGAUUCAAAUGCUGAUGAAAGCUUUUUAGCAGACUGGUGUUUUCUAUGAUGAGCAGUGGAAACACUGUUUGGGUUUUUGUUGAGGUACUGAUAAAGAGAGUUUGACCUGGUUUUGCUUCGGGCGCUAUGUUAUCAGCCUCAACCUAAAUCCAUUAGCUGCAAAUACUCUAUGUAACACUAGCGGGAGCAGACGGACGAACUAUUUAGCCAUAGUGACACAGCAGGAUUCCCCAUCUUCAGCGGCUGCCCCUUAAAACUGCUAAGGCCAAACUGUGUCUGUCUACAGCUCUACAGUGUUUAAGCGUUUAGUUGUAUUUAAUCCCCACCUGUGCUGCAGCUCGCUCUGCAGCCUGAACUCGCAGAUAUGGAGAAAAUAUCUAAUGGACAGCGAUCGUUGACACAUAUGUAAGAGUCGUGGAUGAGAGAAGACCCUGUAGUGUUAUUGAAAACAUGUCCGUAGAUUUUAGAUGUGCUUCACAUCAGUAAAGGGAAAAAAACAAUUACCUGUAUAUUUUUGUGAUGUGUAUCAUACAAGUGUGCUCCAACAAUUAUGUCCAUUUGUGUAAAUGUAUUUAUUUCACAUUGUAUAUAUUGUUCAAUGCAAAAAGAGAGACCUAUGAUUCUGUAACUUAAUCUACUAUGGGUUGAAACAUUACAUGUGUUACUCCAGACUAUGCCUUUCAGGAUUAUUACAGUAGAGCAAUAUCAAUUAAAACCAGGCUUCCAGUUUUGAAA